AUGUUUCACUAUUCUGGACGUCUUGCUGGGCUCGACGAAAUGAUCUUGAAGAUCAGCGCUCCUUCAAAAAUUGCAUCUGCAGUAUCAACAUGCACCCUCGACGGCGAGCCAUACCUUAAGGUCAGGAAGGUCAAAAAGCGCAAGGCUCAGCGGGUAUCUCGUCCACCCCUUGCGGACAAGACACUGCCGGCUGUGAAUCAUGUUUCAAUUCAGCACCCCCACGCUUCUGGGCCCUUAAAGAUACAGUGUAAAUCAUCGGAAAAACCUGCCGCUGUUGAGAAGCCCCGCGAGGAGCAGCAGAAGCUUGUUCCUCCCGACCAACCCGUUACUCACGUCAACAGCUCACAAUACAACAUUGAGUCAUUUCGCCCCCUUCCCCCUGUGCCAUCUGCAUCCACACUGCAGCUACCUUCCUUUCUCAAUUUUUCAACCACACAUUCGUUAGCAUCUCCUUCGCCUGCAAACCAGUAUCGUAACAAGUCUUCCCGCUCCCUCCCAGCCACUAUUUUGUUCCGCCAUUCAUCUAGCCACAUCUCAUCCACUGGACGAGUUGUUGUUCGCAAAACUAAGAACAAGAAGGUUUAUGAAGGACCGCACUGGAUUCCUGCCUUCCACCAUCCAAAUAGUCCUUAUGUUCCGUGGCCAUCUGCCGUACGGCAUCGCAUUCUUCCUCCAUUGAUGCCGGAAUCACCUAUCUCACCUCUUUACUCACGUAGUGGAGCUGUCGCACCAGAGCCAUGGGGCUCGGAUUCUACCACCGAGACACAAACGAAUGUGGAAAAGCGUUCCAGUUCUUGGAAGAGCUUCAAGAAAUCGGUUAGGAGCGGCCUAAAGAGCGUUAAGAGCGUCGUCUCGCGCAUUGGCAAGGUCCCGAAACUCUCCUGUGGGCGUUCAGAUAUAAAGAUGACGAAUCGUAGCGACGACCCGGUCUCAUCUGCGGGUGACUGCAUGGUGUUUACGCAGAACCCAUCCCCAGUCUGCCCUGAUUCUCCUAUCAAAGAUACCUCCGUCUCACGAGCUUCGUUGGGCAGUCUUGUAUCAUCAGACUCUGCUACCCUAGCUGCAUGGCUAGCUGAACGGCAUACCUCUAACACUUCAUGCGAGUCUCCUGGGAUGUCAGUGGAAGAGUACGAGAUGAUGGGUAGUUGGUUGGACUUACGUGUCGGAGAUGGGGAAAGGGUCUGUGGCGUUCCGGAUUGUGAUGCCCAUACUUCAAACAGAUUGCCCGACACGCUUUGCCACAGACUGCGGGAUUUCCAUCCUGUCGACGCCACCUUUAACGAACCUGUGCCGAAGAAGACGACAUUGCCUGUAUCCACGCUGGACCUUCAUUCGUGGCCACAUCCAUUUUACUCCCUUCCGCGGCUACCAUCGCAAGCAUUUGUCAUAUCUACGAAGGAAUUGAAGACCUUGGACGACCCGAACGUUGAACGUUUUGUAAUGUCCAAAAAAUCACGUGAAAUAAGUAUGCCUGGAGGAUGGGCGUUCACAUCAUGA